AUGAAGAUCCCACAGAAGAGCAAGGAAAAGAAAGACAAGGUGAAUAAAAAAGAGAAAAUGAAGCCUAGAAAAGAGCAAGUGCUAAUCGUAGCCCAGGAAAUUAAAUUCGCUCGACUAUUGUCAUGCAAUGAGAAGAAAAGUCGAGAUAAAGUAUUAAAAACGCUAAAGAAAUGGCUUUUGAACUGCUUUGAGAAAAAAUAUGACUUCAAAGAGGAUGACUUUGUGCGCAUGUGGAAAGGACUGUUUUAUGCUGUGUGGAUGUCGGACAAGCCUCUGGUACAGGAGGAGCUGUGUGAAAAUAUCUCGGCAGUGCUAGACCUAUUUCCUCCGGAACACUUGAAGUCAGCUCUACUGAUGUACAAAGCAGGGCUCCGAGUGCUAGCCACUGAGUGGUACGGAGUUGACCAGCACAGGAUGGAUAAGUUUCUUAUGCUGGUUCGUCGUUACCUCCGCGCGAGUCUGCGGUGCCUGCUGCGCUCCAACUGGAGUAUCGCCAGUUGUAAGCUGUACGCCAACAUGAUCUCCGGCAGUGAUGGUAUUUUCGCUCUAAAGACGCCGCGAUACGCUCGCAACGCCACCUCAAUGUUGUUACACAUUAUGGAUUGUUAUCUGGAAGAAAUUGCCAAGGUAUCGUCGGGCUCUAUCCCGGGCGCGUCCCUGGCGGAGCUGUUGCGGCCGCUGUGCGCGUACAUGUGCGCGGGUGUGGGGGGUGGGGGGGGCGCGGUGUGCUGCGGCGCGCGGCGCGUGCUGACGGCGCUGCUGCGCCAGAGCCCCGCGGGGCUGCGCUACCAGGAGGCCACCAGCGCCUGGCAGAAGAUGGGGUGCCCCGAGGGAGGGCCAGAAGCUUUAGAGCUGGUGUCAGAAGAUGAGGACGAGGAAACCGAGGAUCAGAACGGUGACAUCACUGAUGAUGAUGACAGUUCGCAGAAGCCGUUGGACCCUCGCGCGGGUCGAGUGGACGUAGAGCUGCCCCUCCUGCCCGUGCCGGCCAGCUUGCUCGCCGACAUGCUCCGCGAAAUGCUCUCCAAGGCCAACAGCAAAGCUCACAAGAGAGUCAGGAUAUGCUUAGAAAGGUUCGAGAAACUAGCACGUGACGAGUAUCCCUUAACCAUCAAAACCCACGUCGAACAAGAGAGCCCCACGCCUGCAGUGAAGCCCAAACAAGUUGCCCACUCGCUACACGUGCUGGAGAAGAAACUUGUCACAGCAUCAGAUGAGCUCGCCUUAAGAGGUCUAAGCCGCAAGCAUAGAAAACGUCUGCUUGCCAAGAGUCGUUCAGGUUUGAGCAUCGUAGAGGAUGUGGAAGCUGUUCGACAGAAGAUCACCAACGCUACGAACGGCGCUUGGCAAGUUGAAACAACGGAGCCAGAACAGAAGAAAAGUAAAAAGGACACAUCUAACAAAGAAAAUAAGAAACGCAAAAACGAUUUCAAAGUAGAGGUAGCACAGAAGAGACAGAAAAUUGAGAGCAGUGAACAUGUUCGUCCCAAAAUAGCCACAAGUCAUAAUAACAAGAUAAAAGAUAAAACAGAAAUAAGUAUUAAAAGUAAAAAGAGUAAAUUAGACCAAAAAAGUAAAAAACAAAGUAAUGUAAGUAAUAAAGUGGCAAAAACUAAUGAAAAUAUUACUGUUACUGAUAAAUUUAAUAAGAAAAAUGUGGUAAAUAAAUCAAGCAAAGAGAAGAAAGAACAUAAAACUUCAGAUAAGACCAUACCAAACGGCAACACCAAACCGGAAACUCCUAGAUUGCAAAACAAAAAAGAGACACAAGAAAAAAAUGUUAAAACACCAACAGUUUUAGUCAAUAAAGUGAAGAAUUUUCAGAAACAGAUGGUCAAAACGGAUGCUUCGAUGGACAAGUCCUUUGAUUCACCGAAGAAGGUGAAAUUUGUUCUAAAAAAUAAUUCAAUGCAAGCCCCCGUUGAUUACUACAAGAGCAUUCGACAAAGCCCCAAUAUACCGUUCGAUGGCACAAAGAAACCUUCCAAAACUAACCUAAAGCCCUCAACACCUUCACCGAUAAACCCAUUCUUCAAAAAGAAAUUGAAACUCAAACGUUCAUAA